AUGGCCUCCUCCCAACACAAGAAGGCCGCCAAGCGCAAGUCCACCGCCGCCCACCGCGAGAUCACCGUCGACGUCGCAGAGGGCACCACCGGCGUCGCCCCGUCCUUCGCCAACUUUCCCUCUGUCAGGCCCUCAAAGAACACUGCAUUCGGUGUCUACACCAGAGAUCCAGGAUCCAGGGCCGACUUUUCUCAACAGCAUACUCUCGUAGCCGGUGAGACGGAGGAUGUCGAAUUCUUCAGUACCAACCGAGACAGGCAGACCAACACUGAGGGUUCAGACUGCCAAUAUCUUCCCGCCGUCUACGACCCCUCCACCAAAACUCUCCACGUCCACCCCUCUACCCCUCUCUACCUCUUCGCCCACCGAGUCAAGCGCCUCCGUACCGCCCCCGUCUCUGCCCCGCCCGCCCAAGCUGCCAAGGCUCAAUGGCGACAGGAACGCAACGACCUUGGUGAAGCAUUCGGUACCCGAAAGGCCAAGGCACAGAUCAAGAGCGAGGAGAGAAACAAGGUCAACGCCGAUGCUAUGCAGGAUGCCAAGGGGCAUCUGAUGGAGACGAUUGGAGAGCUGCAGAAAGAGGAGGAGGUCACUGCGCCGAGUGACAUUAUCCCUACGCCCAAUCUUGAAACGAAUGAUCCUUCAGAGGUGUACCCGAGGGAGGCCGUCAUUCCCAACCAAGAGUGGUCAUCUAUUGAUGUCUCUCAGAUGUUGCAUACUGAGGACGACAAGGAGAGGAUUGGGUACUUGCCCUCGAGGAGAAGUUUCUGGGUGCAGAACAAGUGUCGGUUGGUGUACAACAUCAAAGACAAGGCCACCAAGAAGACGCAAAUGAAAUACCUCUACUACCUUUCCUGCCUUCUUCAGUUCCUCGACUUUGCCCCUCGUCUCUCCAAAACCGCUGCUGCCGAGCUCACCUCCAAGUUCCCUGGCGUGCCGCAACAAAUCCUCGACGGCCUCAUCACCCGCUUCUCCGAACAAUCUGGCAGGAAGCACGCCGUCACAGAAAAGACCAAAGCCAAGCUGUUGUCUUGGAUCUGUCUGCUCUAUCUCACAUUGGAUGGGUACUCGGUGGAGGUUGGGAGGAUUGCGAAGGAUUUGAAGAUGGAGCCCGCUAAGGUUGCGACGUACUACAAGCAGCUCGGUUGCAACGUCAAGCUCGCUACACCAGCCGAGCGUCAAGCUCAAGGCAUCACCCUUGCUGAAGCGGGGCAAAUGCGUCGAGCGGUCAUGGUUGCGCCUGUCAAGUUCCCCAAGACUAAGAGACGCGGACCUGCUCAGCACUAG